AUGGCAGACGACAGACGAGAGCUCGUCCGUAAUGCAGUUUCGUUCCUCUCAGACUCUACGGCCCAACAAGCGCCGCUUGCUCAGCGUGUGCAAUUCCUUGAAGCAAAAGGCCUCAGUGGACCAGAGAUUGAUGAGGCAAUGAAGCAGGCGGCAAGCCAGGCUACGCGCUCGCAACAGCCUCAGAAUAAUUUCCAAUCACCAUAUCUCACAUAUGGAUCAGCUCCCUAUCCCAGCUAUCCUUCUCAGCAAUGGGACUGGCGCGAUUAUUUCAUAACUGCUGUGAUAUCGGGGUCAGUGGUGUAUGGUGCCAUUUCGCUGUUCAAGAAAUAUCUUCAACCACACCUCAUUCCUCCCGCAGCGACAGCAUACGAACAAGACCGCGAUGGACUGACAGCACAGUUUGAUGCUGCAGAGGCCCUCUUGAAAGAAAUUCAGGCAGAAACCGAAGCCGUCAAGUCUGCGGUGUAUGAACAAAAUGAACGGGUGAACAAAGUCACCAAAGACGUUGAGUCGGCAGUAGUCGAAAUGCGGGAAGGCGAGUCAAAGACGCGGGACGAGAUGCGUGAAAUUCGUGAUGAAGUGGAGAAUAUCCGAGAUAUGCUACCUAAGAUGAUCGAGAAGAACAAGGAAACUCAGAAGGAAUCCCUUUCUGAGCUGCAACAAGAACUCAAAUCUCUCAAGGCUCUGCUGCUUAGUCGCGGGUCUGCUCCAAUGACAAGCUCCCCUUCUACACCAAUACCCUCGUUGGCCGGUAGACCAUCGAUACCUUCAUGGCAAUUAGCUAGCCCAGCACCAGUGCCAUCUACUGCAGAUUCAGUUGUGGUCACGCAACAUCCACUCUCCCCCACGUCGAUUCCUCUGCCAGCCUCACCUGUAAUACUUCCAACAACAGCUUCUCCACCUCAAGUGUCUGACACCCAGCCAAGCGACCAUCCCACAGAGGAGGCACCUGCCACAGAAUACUCUGUUAGCCUCCCAAAACCCGUAUCAGUUUCUACCGGGAUAGAAGAACAUCAUCAGCUACCUAAUGAUCUUCCUAUUGAUACAGACACGGCACUUUCGUCAGAAGUCCACAGCUCAGAUUCUGGAGACAUUAAUGGCAACGCCGAUGUUCUCAUUCACACAGCCCUAUCUGCUUCCCAUGUAACAGAAGUUCACAGCUCGGGUUCUGGAAAUAUCGAUGGCAACGCCGAUGUUCCUAUUCAUAUAGACGCAUCUGUUUCGCAUGUAUCAGAAGUUCAAGACUCGCAUUCUGGAGAAACCGAUGGAACUGCCGAUAUUGCCAUUCAUACAGACGCAUCUGCUUCUAAUGUACCAGAAGUUCAAGACUCGCGUUCGGGAGACGUCGAUGGCAACGCCGAUAUUUCUAUUCAUACAGACCCAUCUGCUUCACAUACGUCAGAAGUUCAAGACUCGCAUUCUGAAUACAUUAAUGGCCACGCCGAUGUUCCCAUCCAAAUAGAAGAAUCUGCGUCAGACAGCAAUGGCGAUGGUGAAAAGAUAGAACAUGCUCCAGAAAUCGCUGCUACUGUGCCUUCAUCAAAAUGCAGCGAAGCCGACGUAGAAGCUCUUCAAGAACGUCUAAGACUUGUUGAACAACGGUUUUCAGAUGUGUCAACGUCUUUCAAAAAACUUCAGGCAGAACGGUCGGCUGUGGAUGAUGUCAUUCUGGAAUUGACUCCUUUGGAGGAUGCUGAUGAUGCAACCGUGCUACGUGACUACCUGUCUAAUAUGAACAUGAAGACUGAGCUUACACAGGAUGAACUGCAGCGUCUCAACGGAAAACUGACACGUCAAGAGGAACGUAUCGAGGAGCUCAGAGAUACUCACAGGCUUGAAACUAGGUCUCAGUUGGACCAGAUCCACAAGCUUCGUCAACAGCUCAGCGAAGCAGAAGCCCUCGUUGCAGCCUCUCAAGUUUCAGCUUCUCUUACGGAAGAAGAAACAGCGAAACGGAAUGCCGAGAUUGAAAGACUUUCAGUCGAGGUUGCCAAAGCAAAAGAAGUGGCAAAAGAAGAAGAAGAGAAACGUGUUAAGGCAAUCAGCCUCCUGAAGACUGUGAGACAGAAGCUUGUCAAAGCCGAGAAGGACAGAGAUGAUGCGCUGAAGGAAAUCGGAGAAUCUAAAGAAAAGGACAGGCAAGAACGAGAAAAAGAGAGGGUUGAACGAGCAAGGUUACAGUCGGAAAUCGAUGCAGUCAAUGCAGAGCGAGAGAAAGCGGUAACAGGCUUAAGGACCCAGUUCGACAAAGAGGUAGCUGUUGUCAGGGACCGCAGUGAAAAGGAGCUUUCUGCCACCCGCGCACAAUUCGAAGUCGAAAUUGCAGCGCUAAAGAUGUCGCAUUCAACGGAAUUGACUCUUAAGAGGUCGCAGAUCGCUACGUUGGAGGCAUCUGUCAACAAUCUUUCUAGGGAGAACAGGUCAUUCUUUGAGCAACUCCAGAUUCGGCAGGCCGAGUUAGAAUCCUCUCAGCACCACGUCGGGACCCUCCAGAGUCAACAUACUGAACUGCAGUUUCAGCUUAGGGAAGCACAGGAUCGCCUUACUCUUCUCGCCGAGGAAAUCUCGGAUCUUCGAGGGGAACAGGAAACGCGACCGCAUGGGCCAGGCGCUCCCCAGGAAGACGUCUCACAGCUCAUUUCCACGAUGGAAGCCAAGUACGAGGCCAGAUUGGCAGAAAUCAAGAGGAACUUGGUCCUCGCAGAAAAGGAGCGUACAGAGAGCGAAGCAGACUGGAGUCGCAAGCUCUGCGAUAAGAGUAGAGAAACGGAUGAACUGAAGAUGACUCUGCAGUCUUCCGCAAAGUUACGGGAAGAGAAAGAGAGCACUACAGGGGUGCUGAAAACUGAGAUCGAGAAGCUAACAGCUGAGGUGCAAAAUCACCAGCGUCAUGCGUUGGAACUUCAGCUACAGGUUGACCGUAUGAACGAUACUGAGGCAUCGUUCCAGCUUCGCAUCUCAGAUGCUCAAGCAGAAGCCGAAGGUUACAAGAGCCAGCUUGAAAACCUGAAGGCUCAUGAAGUACAGUUACGUGGUCACAUCAAGACGCUCCGAGAAGAACUCCGCAAGGUGCAAAACUCAGCUGCUCUGCUUGAGCGUCAGCGCAAUCCAGGAGUGGGUUAUUGGACCUCACGGACCGAGAACACUGAUUCUCGCGCGUCAAUGUCAUCUGGUUCUGAUCUUCCAUCGCGAGUUGCAUCUCCUGGACCAACAUCGCCCACCCCGUCCAAAGGCGAUGAAGACAUCAACCUGGAGUACCUUCGAAACGUGAUAUUACAGUUUUUGGAGCAUAAGGAGAUGAGACCCAAUCUCGUUCGCGUUUUGUCCAUCAUCUUGCGUUUUACACCACAAGAGACCCGGAGGCUGAUAGCAAAAGUUUAG